UCAUAGUUGCUGACCAAUAGGAAGCGCCCGGCUCGUGACGGCUAACAUUUGACGAUCAACCGCGUCGCUGCCAUUUCAGUUGACAUUUUCCAACUUAAAUCUCAUUAUAAUCAUCAUAAUACGUGCUUCGUGGGAUCAAAAAUGGCGUCUUUGUGCCAACAAAGGCUAAAUCUUUGAUUUAGAAUCUCUGGGGGAGUGUUGUGUUGACAGCAUGGACUGGGAGGCCCCCCACACCCUGUGUGACCUGUGCUUGGCUCAGGUGUGCUGCAGCCUGGAUGUCCUGUGCAGCAAGCGAGCAGAUGGCUCCUUGCUCCUCGGGUCGGCACCGCUCUUCCCCCAGGAGAUGGCUGAUCAGCUACUGCAGGAGAUGGCAUCAAAAGGCAUACUGAACGACUCUACCAUUGGGAUUUUUCGGAACCACAAAGAGCUACGUUUGCGUCGAGUUUCCAUCCGCUCUUGUCCGGUGUCUGCAGAAGCAUUUCGACUAGCAAUCAGCCCUCAUCGUCUCCAGGAAGUGGAUGCAUCCUGGGUUUCUGGCGACAUCACCGGGGCUAAAAUCAUCUCGAGCCUGGCAUCCAACUUGCAGUGCAGAUCCAGGUUGCAGACGUUGUCCCUGAACGGAUUACGUCUGGACUGGGCCUCUCUAGAAGAUGAUGGUGUUGGUUUCAACUCCCUGAAGGGCCUGCGGACGCUCAACCUCUCCAGCACUGACUUGACGGACGCUGCUUUGGAAGAUGUUUGCACUCUCCCUCAGCUGGAGAGCCUAGACAUCUCCUGCAGUGUCGUCUCAAAUCUGACAGGACUCCUUCGGUGCAGGAACACUUUGAGAUCUUUAAUCGCCCAUCGGCUUCGCCAGUUGGAUAUGUCGCCUACAAGUUUGCUGUCGGUCCUCAGCCAACUUCAGGCUGUCAAGCAUUUGGACUUUUCAGAUGAUCACUUAACGGCGGAGGACGGCGCCUCAGAUAACGGAGAUGUGGGAGUUCUGCAUCUUCUGCGAGCUGGCCCCCAGGUUCUUCCCUUCUUAGUUUCUUUAGACGUCUCAGGCCGGAGAAGAAUCACCGAGACAGAUGUUGCUGCGUUCGUGGAGGCCAGGAAGGAGCUGGUUUUCUUAGGCCUGCUCGCAACUGGAAUUAGCUCCUGUGGUGCGCUGUCAUCACAGAAAAACCUAAAAGUAACUGGGGAAGCUAAUGAGAACCAGUUGUGUGAGGCCCUGAGAAGGUACAGAGACAGAGAGUGUUUCACUCGAGAGGCCCUCUUCCAUCUCCACAAUUUUACCACCGACUCUCACAAACCGCAACCAGAAAUGCUGGAGCUGGUCCUGAGCUCCAUGCAGAGUCAUCCUGCAAGUCUCCACGUCCACCUGGUGGCCACAGCGUGUGUGUUCAAUCUCACCACUCAGGACCAGGCUGAGGCCAUGUCUGUAGGCCUGCUCCGCUCCAUCAUCACCCAGCUGCUGCACAGCAUGAAGACCUUCCCUGACCAUACACAGAUCCAAAAGAACUGUCUGCUGGCACUCUGCAGCGACUAUAUCCUUCAGGAUGUCCCCUUUGACACGUAUUUAGCGGCCACGCUGGUGAUCAACUGGCUGAGCAGCCAUGAGGAUCCUACACUUCAGAGGAUGGCUGUCGCCGUCAUCUCCAUUCUGGUGCCCAAGUUGUCCACAGCAGAAAUUGCAAAGCUUGGUGAAGAUGUCUCUAUCAUGAAGCAGCUGUUGGCCAUUGUGCAGCAGAGGGCCAUGGUCGGAGUGAUGGACUCCACUCUCAAGUUUGCCUUGAGAGCUUUGUGGAACUUAACAGACGAGAUGCCCGCAGCGGCGCGUAACUUCAUCGAGUGUCACGGUUUGGAGCUGUACGAGGAGGUUUUAGAGUCCUACCACAACGAGUCGUCUAUACAACAGAAGGUUCUUGGCCUCCUGAACAACAUAGCAGAGGUAGAGCAGUUGCAGUCAGAGCUAAUGGAGGAGGACCUCUUGGAGCACAUCCUCAGUCUGUUGAAGGAUCCCCAGAUAGAAAUGGAGGUCCGGUACUUUGCUGGAGGGAUUCUGGCUCAUCUCACUUCCAGACAUGAAGCUUGGAUCCUGGAUGAAGAGCUCCGCAGCACCAUACUCAAGCAGCUGCAUGCGUCUGUUGCAGCCUGGCCACAUUUGGAUAAAGAGAUGGUAUUUUACAGGUCCUUUCGUCCAUUUUGCUGCCUGCUUCAGACGUAUCAACCCACGGGAGUGCAGCUGUGGGCCGUGUGGGCCAUUCAUUUUGUCUCCACUCUAAACACUUCGCAUUACAGCUGUAUACUGGAGCGGGAAGGCGUGACUGAACUUCUGAAGGCUCUGGCGGCACAUCCCAACACACACAGCAUCAUUAGGGGAUUAUCAGAGAGCAUCUUGCAUACGGUUGGGUGCCAACACUCGAGACUCUUGAACAAACAAGUAGAGGCUCACAGCUCUUAGAGGAAUUCACUGUGACUGUAUGUGUGUAAGAUGGCAGAACAUUGUUUAAGUCAACUCACAUAUAAAUAAAAUAAUAAAAUAAUAAAAUAAUAAAAUAAUAAAAUAAUAAAAUAAUAAAAUAAUAAAAUAAUAAAAUAAUAAAAUAAUAAAAUAAUAAAAUAAUAAAAUAAUAAAAUAAUAAAAUAAUAAAAUAAUAAAAUAAUAAAAUAAUAAAAUAAUAUUCUGGAAGGACACACGGUACAGAAAACGUAUGGAAGGAUGAAUUUAUAAAGUACUUUAGGCCAAAUUGGAUGCACAAACCUACCACUAGAGGGUGCUUCAGUACUUUAGCUUCAGGCCUACAAUAGACAUGCAGAAUUGUGUCUAUACAGUGCAAUUGCAUACAUAACAGGGCUGCUGUGAUGUCUUCCCGCCCUCAUCAUAGGUCAGAAAUGCUUACAAAAAAGUUGACUCCUCCUGAGCCUCUCUCUGCAUCUCCUGCCAUCCUCCACAGCAAAUUUUAUGUAACACCGCAGGAAGCCAGAAGGGCUCCAGGGCAUCUGAAGUUUGAGGUGGCUAAUUAAAAAUAACUUAUGAAUUGUAUUAGCUCAGUGAGUAUCACAAGGACUUCAUCAAACUUUUUUUGCUAAAGUUUCUGGCGGGAUUUAGUUGGAUUCUCUUUCAUUGGCACUAUUGGAAAAUUGGCACAUUUUAACAAUUUAACAAGCAGCAGCAAAAAUUGAAAAAUUAGCCGUAAUUUUGCAGGAAUAAAGUCAAAAUAUUAAGAGGAAAGAGUUCCAAUCUAGCGACAAAAAGUGGUAAUUUUUAACUUAUUAUAUCAAAAAAUAACAUCAUUUUAGUAGCAUGAAGUUGACAUUUUUAAAAGAACCCCAACAAACUUAUUUUUGGAAAAUUAGGUAGCGGAAAAAGUUGUAAUGUUACAAGAAUAAAACCAAAAUAUUAUGGGAAUAAAGUCAUUAUUAGAAGAAAUUUGAAAUAGUCGGGAAAUUAAAAAUGUUGAUGAUAAAAAUGGGGAAAAAGGAUGUAAUUUUAUGAGAAUAAAGUGAAAUUUCUUUGCAAAGUGAGAAUGCAAAAAAGUCAUUAUUUUAACUUGAAUUUGCUUGUAAAUGUCUUACUUUAAUGAAAAUAAAGUCAUAAUAUCAUGAGAAAAUUUUUUUGCCUAGCACUGAGCUGAAAUAUUGAAGAAAAAAAAUGUAAAUGUAAUAUUAUGAAAUGAAGAUUUCUGAACUAAUACUAAUAAUAAAAACCUCAAUUAUACACAUUUUCACCUAUAUCACAAAGCUGAGAUGCAUUUUUUCCUUAGAAUAUGUUGCUUUGUGAAAUAGGAUUAGAAAAGUGCUUAGUCUGCAUUUAACGAGAGUGGCAGACCGGUGAGGCGUGCCCCCCCUGCCCCCCGUUGUUCUUGUGACGUUCAAGUCAUAUGACGAGCAUAAAAAAAGCUUUCCAGGAGUUCUUGGGCCACGUGUUGGUUGACUUCUGAGGAGGUGUCAGGUGUAUUCUCACCUGGUUUUACGUUUCCACUCAUGGCUCUUGAAGUGGCACUCGUGACAGUGGCAAGUUCAAGUUGUCACACGUUGACACACAAGAGGUAACAGGAGUCGCUGGAUGUCGUCCAAAGAGCACAUACUCAUUUUGGUUUACCCCCUCCAAGCACCAAAGAAUGUAGGUGAGAUGUAUCCAUUUGGAAUACACUUGGCAAGAUGGUUUCCAUUCUUUAGCAUGUGUCAAAUCCACAAAUCAGCAGUUUUCAUCUAGUUGUCUCUAAACUUGAUGCGAUGGUAGUAUAUAAGUAUAAUAUAUAUAAGUGUAUACC